UUAAAUAGGUACCUACCUAAUAUUUUUAGCGCACUCGUAAGGUCAUGGGCGAAAUAAUUAUCAAACCGUACAAAUAUCCAAAAAUUCACACACCGGCCGUCAGACGAUCGCUCCGAGUGCCGACAGUAUGACGUACCUCUGUUGCUUGGUCGUUUUAAUAACGAUAGCGUUCAGCGCUGCAAAUGCCGAACCCUCAAAAUUGGAUUGGUGGCAGACCGGUGUCAUCUAUCAAGUAUACCCAAGAUCGUUUAAAGACAGCAACGGUGACGGCAUUGGAGACCUCAAAGGCAUAGAACAAAUGGCUGAACAUUUUCAAGAAACAGGUAUUGGGACCAUAUGGCUGUCACCAAUAUUCAAAUCUCCCCUGGCUGAUUUCGGUUAUGACAUUUCCGAUUUUGUAAGCAUCGACAGCACCUACGGAACGAUGGAAGACUUUUUAUCACUCCAGAGGAAACUCAAAUCGCUCGGAGUUCGUAUUCUAUUGGAUUUUGUGCCAAACCAUUCAAGUGAUGAACACGAGUGGUUUCAAAAAUCAGUCAAAAAAAUCGAUCCUUACACGGAAUACUACGUGUGGCUAGACGGAAAAGUAGACGAAAGCGGUAACAGAAUACCUCCAAAUAAUUGGCGAAACAAUUUCGACGGAAGUGCUUGGGAGUGGUCUGCAGAAAGGGGACAGUACUAUUUGCACCAGUUUACGACCAAACAACCAGAUUUAAAUUACAACUCACCGGCUCUAUUAGAAGAAAUGAAGAACGUACUUCGGUUUUGGCUGGACAUCGGCGUCGACGGAUUCCGCAUAGACGCUUUGCCAUACAUUUUAGAAGACAUAACGUUCGAAGACGAACUAGUGAUCCAUCCGAAUGUCGUCGACGACAAUUACACAUAUGUCUUGCUCGAUCACAAGUUAUCUAGGGAUCAGCCGGGCACGUAUAAAAUCGUCGAAGAAUUUAGAGCCGUUUUGGACGAGUACACCAACCGGGACGGGAACACAAGACUGAUGUUGGUGGAAGCGUACGCGUCCAUUAAUUAUACCAUGAUGUACUACAGCAGCCAGCAGACACGCAGGGCUCACAUGCCGUUCAAUUUCAACUUUAUCACGUACUUGAACAAAACGUCGUCGGCCGUUGAUAUAAAGAACACGAUCAAUCUGUGGUUGGAUAACAUGCCUCCGGGUCAAUGGGCCAACUGGGUGAUGGGGAACCACGACAACAAACGAGUGGCUUCGAGAUUCGGUCAGGACAUGGUCGACCCGAUGAACACGCUGGCGACCAUGUUACCGGGCACUGCGAUCACGUACAACGGAGAGGAAAUCGGUAUGGCCGACGGCACGAUAAGGUGGGACCAGACGGUCGACCCGUUCGGCAUAAACGGCGGCAUGGCCAGGUACGAGGCGAACUCGAGGGACCCGUUCAGGACCCCAUUCCACUGGAACGAUUAUCAAAACGCCGGGUUUUCGACGUCCCAACGCACGUGGCUUCCGGUGAACAGUAACCAUUGGUAUCUCAACUUGGCCUUUCAGAAGGCUUGCUUCAGAAGCCACUAUCAGACGUACAAGACGUUGUUGCGACUCCGUUCGUCUCCGACAAUAGCCCAAGGAAAUCUGACCAUGCACACGCCGUCGGAUUGGAUUUUGAUUUUGACCAGACAAUUGGAAGGCCACGAGACCUUCUACAUUGUUUUAAACGUAGGGACAGAACAAGAAGCAAUUACUUUCAAUGAACACUUUAAGGACGUACCGCUUUAUAUGAUCGUCCGCACUUCGAGCAUAAAUGCAUGGCACGCUGAAAAUGUUUAUGUUGAUACAACGAAACCACUAGCAAUGCGACCCAAAUCAUCACUGGUGUUAUCAUAUUGAUAACUAUGAGAAACUCAUACACAAAGAGCCUGCAGGAAGUACUAUAUUGACCCAUUAUUACAAGAGGAUAAAAUUUCAUACUUAAUACGUAUAUACAAGUAAUACUACAUCACUCUUCGUGUUUAUUAAUUGUAAAUUAUUUUAUAUAGAUUGUGAUACCUGCAUAAUAUUUGUUAAUGGACACACAAGUCAAAUAUAUUCCACUUGAGUGUGAUUCGUGCAAAAGGACACAAAGGACUAAAUAAAUAUAAUGUCUUAAUAAAUAAUGCACUGUUUAUUUUAAGGUUUUUCCAUUAAUUAUCAAUUAAACAGUUAAAAACAGGUUUUUUCAUUAUAACUAUAUAGGAAUGUAUAGACAUAAUAAGAAAGUUUUAAUGUUACAAAACACAUAAUUCCAUAAUAAAUAAUUUAUUUACAAGUAAUAUUGUUUUCGCUUUUAUUUACAAAUAAUUUUUUUAGAAUAUUGAGAAUAUAAAUUAGAGUUGCGUUAAAAAAUACUCCAAUGCAUAACUGUGACUUGACAUUAAACAAUGAAUACUUUUAAGUGGAAUUAAAAACAAAAAAAUGUUGUCUGCAUGCAACCACCAAAGAAGAAACCCAAUAGAAUGAAGCAACAAAACUCACUGAAACAUAAAUUAAACACAAACGAAGAAAAAACAUUAAGACAGGUAACCAAACAAAAAUAAACAAAAAUGCAAUUAAAAUAUUUGUAUUCACAAAACAUUCUUUAAUAACAUCAUAGGCGCAAUUUGGGGGAUGCUUCGAAGUGCUUUACACCCUUAGAUGUAUAUAACAGGCAAUAAUACAUUCUCAAAUUGCUUAACACACCUGAACUGUACCUAUUGUUUAUUAUAAUUCUCCUAAACAGAUUAAAUCGAUUUCAUAAUUUUAUAUUCUACUUAAUAUGUUUUUUACUUUCGGUUGUUAUAUUAAAAUAAUUAUUAAGAGGACGCUACACCCGCAUGAGUUAUCUCCGCCUUACAAGCAUACAACACAGCAAAUGCAAAUUGUACGUUUGCAAUAAUCCAUUUUACUCCGUUAUUGUUAAAAUUAAAAUGAAUGAUAAAAAUGAAAUGAAAGAUUAUUAUCUCGACGUCUCGAAAGAUUCAGUUGAUAUUAUUAUUUUUCAGUAAGUUAUGAUCAUUUUGAAAUGUUCCAAAAAUGUGCAGUUUUAAAAAGGUCAGAAUUUGCUUCAAAAUAAAAAUAUCAAUAAAACCCUCCUUAAAUAAUUUAAUUACCUUAUAUAAUAAUGUUACCUAUAAAUUUUAUGAUACGUAAAUUCACCCUAAUUUUAGAAUUUAUCGAGCAAAAUG